AUGGGAAGAGUGAAACUUGAGAUCAAGAAAAUAGAGAACACUACAAACAGGCAGGUCACUUUCUCAAAGAGAAGAAAUGGGCUAAUCAAGAAAGCUUAUGAGCUUUCUGUGCUUUGUGAUGUUGAUGUCGCACUCAUCAUGUUCUCCCCUUCUGGCCGAGUUAGCAACUUCGCGGGACAUAAAAGUAUUGGAGAAAUUAUGGAGCGAUACGUUAAUCUCCCGGAGCAUGAAAGAGGAAGCCCAGUUAGCAUGAUUGAUACUCAAGUUGAGGAAAUUCAACAAGAGAUAAUCAAAUGCAAGUGCCAACUUGAGGAUAUGGGAAAAAAACUCAGGAUUUAUGAAGGUAAUCCAUCUGAAAUCACAUCAUUACCUGAAGUUGAGUACAGAGAACAAAUUCUUGAGGAAACCCUGAAGCAGCAUGCCCUACAAAGCCAGUAUAAUUUUAAUAUUGUACGACCUUCACAGGUGAAUUUGACAUCACCGAAUAUAGAUGUAAACGUUUUGACCACAAGUGAUCAUCAUCCGGACAAUGUGCUGGAGUGGAUUCCAGCUAGAGAUCCACAAGUCCAAAUCCUCAACUUCUUGGGUUCAAAUGGCCUUCUUCCAUUGAGGGAUCACCAAGCUCAGCACGUGGAUGACAUGCUCUCACCAUCUCUAACCCUUUUUCAUGCCCCAAGCUUGAAUGUUUAUGAUCAUUUGAGUCUGAAUACAAGUAUGGAAGAUGAUACACAACGCUCAGUCGAUGUCAAUCUUUCGCCAUGGACUCAUCAAUUAUAUUCAACAGGUUUGUCGUUAAGUUGA